AUGAAAUUUCUAUUGAUAUUCGUAAUUUGGGUUACAGUUGCUUCAGCUAAACCGGCUUCUCAGACUAUCCCGAAGCCUGCAUUCUUCCGCCCAAAUCCUCGCAUCACCAACGGUGAAGACGCUCAAGAAGGUCAGUUUCCUCAUCAGGUCUCUUACCAAUGGGGAAUUUUUGGCUUACUUGAACACGUGUGUGGAGGAACGAUUAUCUCUCAAAAAUGGAUUCUCACAGCUGGCCACUGUGUUACUCAAAUUCCGGAAAUUGGAGAUCACGUAAUUCUCGUUGGGAUUACAAACUUGUUCGAAGAAACUCCAGAAAGACAACAAAUUAAUAUCGUGCAAAAAAUUGUUCAUCCGAAUUUUGGCGGAAGUGUAGGACCUAAUGACAUCGCACUUCUAGAACUCGAAACUUUGUUAGUAUUUGGCGAUCUGGUUAAACCCAUUGGUUUACCAGCUGUUGACAGCAUUCCUCUAGGGAACGCAGUUUUGUCUGGGUGGGGCUCUGUUUCACUUGUCGUAAUUCCCAAUUUGCCUGAUAUCUUACAAACUGUUACUGUUCCGGUUCUUUCGUUUGAUGAUUGUAAUGCAGCUAUUCGGCCACUUCUUGAAGAAGGACAAGAAAAUCCUUUGUCUGGAGAGUCAAAUAUUUGCACUGGACCACUCACUGGUGGUAUCAGUGUUUGUUCAGGUGACAGUGGUGGACCGUUAAUUCAAGAUAACACUAUUAUUGGCAUUGUUUCUUGGGGUUUCACACCAUGUGGAUCUGAAGGAGCACCUUCGGUUUACACUAGAGUUAGUAACUUUAUUGAUUUUAUCAACGAAUUUGUAACCGAUUUACCCAAAUAA